AUGGGUCUUUUCGGUCGCAAGAAGGAGGCCGAGUCUCCUUCAGACAUCGUCUCGCCUACCGCCGAGGCCGCCUCACCAGAGAAGAAUGCUCCUCUCUCCCACAGCAGCCCUCCGCCGCCGCCGCCGGCGUACGAGUCCAACGACAUCAUUGGCGAAAAGUCGCCCGGUGUCGCGAGAAUCGAGGCUCUGUCCGCCGCCAUCACCACCACUGACCGCUACUUCAUCUUCUUCGGCGUCUUCUUAGUCGCCUACGCUUAUGGCCUCGACGGAACUCUGCGUUAUGCCUACCAGCCCACCGCCACGAGCAGCUACGCCACGCACUCUCUCCUGGCCACCGUCAACGUCCUCCGCUCCGUCAUCGCCGCCGCCGCCCAGCCCACGUCCGCCAAGAUCGCCGACGUCUUUGGCCGUGUCGAGCUCAUCUGCGUCUCCGUCAUCUUCUAUGUCGUCGGCACCAUUGUUGAGGCCUGUGCCACCGAGGUCAAGGCCUUUGCCGCCGGCGCAGUCAUUUACCAGGUCGGCUACACCAUGAUCAUGCUGCUCGUCGAGGUCAUCGUGGCCGACAUCACCUCCACCCGCGCCCGUCUGCUGUUUAGUUACAUCCCCGCGUUGCCCUUCAUCAUCAACACGUGGGUCAGCGGUAACAUCUCUGCCCUGGUUCUCGGCCAAAGCACCUGGCAAUGGGGUAUCGGCAUGUGGUGUAUCAUCUACCCCUUCUGUGCCCUCCCCCUCAUCGUCAGCUUGUCCAUCGUCGGCCGCCGCGCCAGAAAGCAGGGCCUGCUUGACGCCUACGCGUCCCCUUUCCGCAUGCUUGGACCCAAGAAGUUCCUCGUUGAGCUGUUCUGGCAGCUCGACAUUAUCGGCAUUAUCCUGGUCAUCGCCGUCUUCGCCCUGAUCCUGGUUCCUCUCACCAUUGCCGGUGGCUUCUCAACGACAUGGCGCGAGGCUCACGUUAUUGCGCCCCUCGUCAUCGGCAUUCUUUGCAUCCCAGUCUUCGUUGUGUGGGAGAUGAAGGCCAAGCACCCUCUCGUUCCCUUCUUUUUGAUGCGCGACCGUGGUAUCCUGGCACCUCUUGGUAUUGCGCUGGGCCUCAACUGGGCCUGGUACAUGCAGGGAGAUUACCUCUACACCGUCUGCAUUGUUGCCUUUGACUUCAGCAUUGCGUCCGCCACCCGCAUCACGUCGCUGUACUCAUUCUGCAGUGUCAUCGCCGGUUUUAUCCUAGGCUUCAUCGUCUUCAAGGUCCGCCGCCUCAAAUACUUCAUCAUCGCCGGCACCAUGCUCUUCAUGGUUGCUUUUGGUCUCCUGAUCCACUACCGUGGCUCGCCCACGUCCUCCGGACAGAGCGGUGUCAUUGGCGCCCAGGUCCUCCUCGGUAUCGCAGGUGGUAUGUUCCCCUACCCUGCGCAGGCCUCGCUCCAAACCACCCUGAAGCACGAGCACCUCGCCAUCAUGACCGGUCUGUACCUUGCCACCUACAACAUCGGAUCCGCCUUCGGCAACACCGUCUCCGGAGCCAUUUGGACCCAGGUUUUGCCUUCCGUCCUCGAGAAGAACCUUGCGCCCUUUGGCAAUGAUACUCUGGCUACCGUCACCUAUGCCCAGCCUUUCGUAGCCAUUGCUGAAUACCCCGUCGGAACUCCAGAGCGCGCCGCCAUCAUUGACUCGUACCAGCACGUCCAGCGUCUGCUUACCAUCACCGGUAUCUGCUUGACUGUACCUCUCAUCGCUUUCGCCUUCCUUCUGAGGAACCCCAAAUUGAACGACGAGCAGACUCUCGCUGUCGAGGACAACCCUAUGGGCGGCGCGGAGAACACCGACAACCUCGCCAACAAGAUUUGA